AGGCCCUCAGUAAGGAAGUAAACAAAACUAUUACAUUCAUAUGAUCAAAUUUAAAUCUGUCAGCUUGCAACGAAAUAAAAAUAGAGAAACGUGAAAAUGAUCUGAUGAUGACAAUAAUAAAUCAAUGAGUCAGCAGAACAAGAACUUAAGAGUGUCUUGUGACUGACAUUCUUUCAAAUUUGAUAUACACACGGAAACGGUUGUGUCAUAUAUGAAUACUGGACAAAAUAAACCACAUCAGAGAACUAAGGAUUCGCAAACAAAGAAUGGAUCCCAUCGAGGAAGAUAAACCACUUUUGCCCGUACUAGAUGGGCCCAAUGAAAAACCAGUCAUUGUUCGUCCUGUAUAUCAGUUCAUUAUGAUAGAAAUUAUUUGCAUUCUGCAUUUUGGAGCUUUAAUAGCUAUGUUGCCAAUCCAGCAGUUUUAUAUCAUAGACGAAGUUGCAAAGAAAUAUGGAGAAGACGGUGAAAAAUCAAACGUCGACUAUUGCCCAAUUAAUGGUACCGAACUUUCAAACAAUACAAGUAAUAUCGUACAAGCAGAAUCUGCAAACGUACUCAUGUACCUAGGAUUCGUGGGUACAUUUAUCGCUGUGAUUCCCAUAUUGGUAUUAGGUUCACUCACAGACAGAUAUGGAAGAAAAUUUCCUUUGUAUCUAUCAUUGGUUGGAAUUUUACUCAAAGAAAUUGUAAUGACUGUUACCGUUUACAAAGGGUUGUCACUCUGGUUUUUAGCUUUGGGAGAAUUUUUCCUCGGCAUCACUGGACAUUUUGGUCUUUUUUUAGCUGCUAUGAUGGGAAUGAUUGCCGAUAUUACAACUCCUGGUAAAGACAGAGCAAUAAAGAUAAUCGUUUUGGAAGGAACUGCAGCUGUUGCCUUAGCAUUUUCGAUUUUAGGUAUUGGCUUUUGGAUAAAAGACGGGAAUUAUAGACACCCAUUGAUAAUGUGCAUCGCAUGUACCGUUUUGGCUCUAAUAUUAACAUUAACAUUAUUGUCCGAGACGUCGAAGACAAACAAAAAGAAGGACACCAGGAUAUGCACUAAAUCAGUUAUGUGCGCAUGUUUCGAUGUGUACAGAAAUGGGAGCAGGAUAAGAAAUAAAAAAUUGUUGAUAGGACAAAUCAUAUUUUGUAUCAAUUCUGGGGCACUCUUGGGGAAAUCAAACGUUGUUACUUUAUUCCUGCUCAACAAGCCGUUGUGCUGGAAUGAGGUUGACGUUCAGGUUUUUACAUGCUUCCAAAUCUUGGUGAACUGGGUUGCAAUAUUAUUUGGCAUUAAAAUUGUACACAAAUACCUUGCAGAUUACACCAUUGUUAUAGCAGGAACAGUGUCGGCCAUAGCAAGCUCAGUCACUUUGGCUUUCAGUUUAGAAGACUGGAUAGUUUAUUUAUAUGCGGUGAUUAGUAUAAUGGCAGUCUCGACUUCACCCUUACUUAGAUCGGUUCUUUCAAGGCUGGUGUUACCAGAUGAACAAGGAAGCCUUUUUGCUUGUAUUGGUAGUUCUGAAUUACUGCUGACAUCACUUGCACAGCUGUUUUAUGGUUAUGUUUACAAAGAGACUGUUAGUUAUCUUCCGGGGUUGGUGUUUUUGAUAACGGCUGGAGUUCUAGUGAUAGAAUUCUGUUUAUCUUUAGUUCUAUACAGUAUUAUGUCCUCAGAACCAAUAUCUGUAACAGAAACAGUUAUUAAAGUCUCCUAGAUUUUAGAGCGAUCUGUAUCAGGAACAUUGAUUGAAAUCUCUGGAUUUUAUACCAAAGACAGUAGUUGAAAUCUCCAAGGCCAUAAAAAAGAAUAUGUUUGUUUGCCCUAACUCUACCUUCCCAGAAAAUAGCUGCCUUCUCAAAAUCUUUUAUUGUCCUGAUGUGAAAAAGUUUUUUUUUUAAUCAGAUAGGCAUGAAGACUAAAAUACAUCUGACACUUCAAUUUCUUGUUGCCGAAAAAAAAGAAAAGAAAAUGCCUACCAACCUACCCACUGUCUUUAUGUUUUGGUAGGGUUUGGGCAAACCAACAUAUUUUUAAGUGUUUAUAAAUAUUUAAGAUCUGUGAUCCUGUAUCAAAAACAAUUGUAAAAUAUCCUGUGUUUGAGAGCUGUAUAUGUAAGAAACAAUGAUUGAAAUCUAAAAAUUUAAGACGCGUCUCCCUAAUGCAUUGAAUUUCAUAAAUUUUAAAAGAUGUCUCCCUUAUGCAGGUAAUCUCCGAAAUGUUUAGAUCUUUCCAGUUAUAGCAGAAUCUCUAAUAUUUCAGAGAACCAGUAGUUGGAAUCCGGUAAUUUUAAGAUCUGUCUGUUUUUUACCAAACAUAUGAUUGAAUCUCCUUUAUUUAGGAUCUGUUGGUAUUUAUCAGGAACAGGGAUUGAAGGUUGCAUAGAAUAAAGAACACAACAAAAGUUGAAAUCUCCUAAAUUAAAGUCGUGUCUGUCUUAAUCAGACAUUCAAAUAAAACUUUCAAAUUUAAGACCUGGUUUUCUCCAUAAAAACAGUGAAUACAUUCUCCUUGCUAAAAGUUAACGGUCAACUAAUUGUCUUUGUCAGAAACUGCAGUUUAAUUCUCCUAAGAUCUUUCUGUAUAUUAGAAACAAUGGUUGAAGUCUUCUAGAUUUAAGACCCAUCUAUUUCAAAAAAAGUGGUUGAAAUCUCAGUGAAUACAUUCUCCUUGCUAAAAGUUAACGGUCAACUGAUUGUCUUUGUCAGAAACUGCAGUUUAAUUCUCCUAAGAUCUUUCUGUAUAUUAGAAACAAUGGUUGAAGUCUUCUAGAUUUAAGACCCAUCUAUUUCAGAAAAAGUGGAUGAAGUUUUCUAUAUUUAUUUGUCUUUUUGGUUAAUACCUUAUAUUUUGAUUCCAAAGUUAUUGAAGGAUGAAGUUUUACACUUGCCAAUACAUUCAACCACAUGUCUAGUCACUUGUGUUUAAUAAAACAGUGCAAUUAACUACUUUUCAGUCACUAUAUAUUAUAUACAAUUUAUCAAUGAUUGACUUGGUUAAGUUUAGCAUUUAGGUCCUUUCCUCUGAAAUUCAACCUAGGAUUGUCAGUUUUCCUACCAAAAGUCGUUGGUUCUCUCCGGGCACUCCGGCUUCCUCCACCAAUAAAAACUGACCGCCAUGAAAUAGCACAAUAGUGUUGAAAGUGGCGUUAAUCAUCAAUCAAUCAAUUAAUUUGAAACUCAACAUUGUAUACAUAUAUCACCAAUGCUAUUAUACUAUUAAAUAACUCUUAUUUUGUUUAAUAUAGUGCCACUACAAUUAGAGUACUAUGACCUAUGUUUAAUCAUUGAGUAACUUUGGUUUAGUUUAGUGUUUAUAUUAUAUCUGAUUUCCAUUGUGGUAUAUAAUUGAAACAUAUCUGUAUAGUACAACACAUUCCCAAGGCGUUUGAGCUCCUGAAAGUUUCAUCUCGUGUUCAAAUGAAUUUUGUUCAACUUUUUAUUCAAGUUGAUUUUUCAUGGUAUGUUUAUGGCAUCUCACCACUAUCUUCCAAUCUACCCCCAGAGUUCAGCACAAUUCAGCAGUACUUGAGAAAUCACGACCUACAUUUACUAAUUAUUUACAAGACAAUUAUGAAUCAUUAAUGUGUAUUAAGAUAGGACACCUUAGCCAUGCAGAGAUAAUCUGUAAUUCUACUUUUGGGAUUUUUUCCAAAAAUGAUUUUUUUUUCUUUUUUAUCUUUUGUCUUUAUCCUCCAUUUUGUUUUACAACUUUAGUAUUGAAUGCCAUAUUGCACCUUCUUCUUUAUACUUUGAUUCAGGUUGAAAGUAAUCAGCAUUUAUAAGAGUGACUUGUUUCAUCGGAUCAGAUCUGACGGUUCUCAAAGCAUAGUGUUCAUUUGAGUGAUUAUGAUGUUACACCUGACUGUUUAUUGAAAUUUUAUGUGUUAUUUUGAGAAGUUAUUUUGUUACAUUCUGUGUUUUAAAUAUUUGUUAUUUAGAGUUACAUUUUGUUAGAUCCGGUUUUUUUAAAAAGGUAAUGCUAUUAUAAAUAUUGCCAUUUCUGUAACACAGUGAUGACUGCUGUACCCAUAUUUUGACUAUUUUAUUUAUAAUGUCUGUUUUGUUCACGCAUCGUUGUAAAUAUAACGGAAUUUGAUAAGACUGUCGUACAAGUGAGAAGUUUAGCGCUAUAAAACCAGGUUCAAUUCACCAUUUUCUACAUUUGAAAAUGCCUGUACCAAGUCAGGAAUAUGACAGUUGUUGUCCAUUCGUUUGAUGUGUUUUGUCAUUUGAUUUUGCCAUGUGAUUAGGGACUUUCCGAUUGAAUUUUCCUCGGAGUUCAGUAUUUUUGUGAUUUUACUUUUUUCUUACCUGAUUUUUUUUUUAUGUAAUCAUGUAUAUAAAUGUUAUAUGAGUCAAAAAUAUAUUAUCAUGCAUAUUGUGUUCAUGUUUGGGUGGAAUGAUAUAAAAAUAAGAAAAUGUGGUAUGAUUUUCAAUGAGACAAUUAUCAACCAGAGGUUUAUAGAAAUUUGCUUCAUUUGAUUAAAAGGGAAAAUGAACAGGGUUGAUGUCAAUGAGAUAACAACCUACAAUAAUAUAUUACAACAAAGAACAUCCAAAGGGUCCACCAGAGAGUCUAAAUAAAUUUAGAAUCAAUUAUCAGAGGUACAAUGUAUAAAAUCUACACCACAAUUUAAACAGUUAAAUAGUAAAAACUUUACUUUAGACAUACCGUGGUAAGCAAGGUAAAUAAAGUACACAUAUUUUUUGUUUCUUCUUUGUGAAAUACUAUAAAUUCAGAUAUUAUAGCGUGCGUUUAUUAUUGCGAUGUUUUAAGAACGGAAAAAGAUUUGAGAAUAUUUAUGGCUAUUCCAGGACAAUUUGCAUACAGAUAAAUGUAUAAGAUAUCAGAAUGGGAGUUUUAACUAUUGCAAUACCCACUUAGUCGCAUUAUUCGCAUUAAUGAAAACCUCGCAAUAAUUUUUGAAUUUACAGUAACUUAUCCCUCUCAUUCAAUCAAAGGAAAUAAUGCCAUCUGAAAAAUAUUCAAUGUUUCCCUUUUUGAAAACACGGUUUUUAGAUACAUUGAAUUUCCCAAAAUCAAACUUGAAGUUUAAUAUAUUAUUCUAAAAAUGAAUUUAGGAUAGCUGUAUUACGAUUUAAGAUGGUAUGGGGUCUUCCACAAUCUCGGAUCGAGUAAAAUAGCACAACACCAUAGGCCUAGAUUUUCAAUGAAAUCGGCAAAUUUUGAUGCCGUGAUGAAAUUUACAAAUAAGAAUUUUCAUUUAAAUGAACAAAUUAAUGUGAUUUUAUCUUAAAAUCAUUUAUAUUUUAAUAAAGGUAAAAUAUU